AUGAUCUUAAAAUCAGCAAUUGCGUGCGCAAUGGGCGAUGAUAUCAAUCAAGAAGCUCCAAUUCAACAGAAUUUACCAAAUUACAAAACGCCUCCUCGCAUUAGAAGCGAGAAACGCGGUAUGAGUUACGAACUAAAGGAAACUCAGCUCCCAGAAGGCUUCAAAGAGCAGUUAUUGUUUAAUACAAAAUUUGUAUCAGUUCCGAGUGGUUCAGAAGGCGGUAACAUCGAGGGAGGUGUUGACGAUCAGCUGAUUAUUGAUCAAGAAGAGUAUUUCAAGCUCACACAGUUCUAUCCUGACGCUCAAGUUAAAAUUUCGAGAAUUGAAAAAGCCCUUUCCUUCCUUAAACACGAUGAUAGUAAAGUAUACCCUGGAUACCUCGUCCUAGCAAUCAAGGAUCUCUACGGACAAUCAUGCUGGGACGUUUUCAUGGGUCUAAAAGUUGACUGGCCAAAAAUAUCAAAAAUUCUGAUAAACCGUUUUGAUGAAACCCUCCGAAAUUAUUAUAUGACUGAUGAUAUCACUUGGAGAAACUAUCUGCAUUAUGAGAACGGUGUAAUAGGCGGCCAGUUGAUGACUAAAGUCCCUGAACCGAAUUUGACGCUUCCAAUGACGAUUAAUGUACAAGAUCAUUUGGAAAGUCUGAAGAAACUGUUACAUCUCAUAUGUGGAAUCAUUAAGACAUCCGAAAUAUCCCAAGAUAUUCAAAGAUCUUCUGAAUUAUUUUUCAAAAUUAUCGAAAAUGUGGCAAAUAAUGAGACAAAGAUAAGAUGUUAUAUGCCCAGAAUCUUUAUAUCUGCCAUCCAGUUGCUUCUUGCAAUAUUAUUGGCCUUCGACGCCUUUGACAAAAAGAUUCAUACAAUAAUUGGCGAAGAAUAUCUGUAUGAUGUGAAAACGAACCUCGUAUUGAAUGAAAUAACCGAUUCUUUCCAUGAGAGAAUUCAGUCCCAAGAGCUAACUAAGUUUAUUUCUUCAAUUGAAAUUCCUCGAGUGAUGAAACUGCUCGUACAGUGCUUUAUCUUGAGGAAACAGCAGAGGAGCUUGACGCAGUUCAUCAAUGCAGCAUUCGGAUCCUUCGAAGGCGUGACUUUGAUCAAGAGAAUUAAAUCUUUUACAAGUAUUAUGCACAUGUUAGUGCUGAGAGGGGAAUUUGAGCCUCUAGUUGAUGUUUUUGAGCAAUAUAUGAGCGGUAGAUGCAGUGAGAAGUUGUAUAAAAAGAGAGUUAGAGAUAUUUGCCCAUCAAGAGGAUUAUUCGCAAUUUCAAACCACGGAAAGGGUGUAAUAAGAGUUAGGCAUGCAUCAGAUGGAGCUCCUAUGCUAACAGUAGUUCCUGUUUUAAUGAUUCCACCUCCCGAAUUUAAUCAAAAGAAAAAAGAUAAUUAA